AUCCCGGACUGGGCAAGCCUUCCCUACCAUGUAUGGGUCCAGAUCUUCCAACUUGCCUUUGCAGCCCUGGAGAGCGGCAGCAUCCAAAACGCUGUAAACUGGCUUCUGUCGACCAGUCGUAUCGCCCGUGCAGUGGCCGAGCCGGCCCUGACCGUUUUGUACUAUUCCCCCCCACUUCUCACGAGACCCAUGGCACACAAAUUGGUGUCGCAUCUGUCCAAAGACCCAUCGACGACUAUGUUCAACUACCGGCCAAAAGUGAAAAAGCUCUCGAUUGAUGUCGAAGAGCUUGCGGCAAAAACGUAUUCCGGCAGCCCUCUGGAUUUAAAAUCGACGAUCGGCCGUCUCCCUCAACUAAAAGUCAUUGACUUCCAUCACCGAAAAGACGAGGCGCCUUACCGCUGUCUUGAUGAAAACCUUCGAUGGCACUAUCCCGCCGGCCUUUUCGAGGCCUUAGAUGUGGAGGAGGCUGAGUUUGAUAUGCAUGUCCCCAGGCUCGCUGGUUGGCGAUGGAACCGCCGAAUGAUGGGCCAGGAGUUGGAUCUUGCCAAGAUCAAAACACUCCACAUGUUGCCAUCAUUCAGACACUUGAAGAGACUCUCUCUUGUCAAUUACCAAAUCCCGUCGCUCCAUGGUACAACGAAAGAGGACGACGAGGAAGCCAUUACGCGGGACCAGGCGUACAUCCAGAGCGUGGCUGAUGCCAUCUCUGUGCUUCCCGACUUGGAAUACCUCUCGAUCGAAACAUCGACUGUCGUAACGGACGACUUCCUUCUUCUUUUGCCCAAAACUCUUCGGACCUUGUCGCUGAUUAACUGCUGGGAGGUAACUGGACCCGGUUUUGCCACCUAUCUGGUCUCGCACGGCCAAGCACUCCAAAACUUGACUCUGAAUCACUGCCAGUCUCUCGACUUGUCGUUCUUGGCGGUUCUUGGUUCAGCCUGCCCAAACUUGCAGAAUCUAUGUGCGGAUCUGAAAUACUACAACCAUCACGAGUAUUACAAUGAUUCGGACCCCCUCUACAAAGAUGUUCUGACGGUCGACCAAAUUCCCGAUUGGCCCGCGACUUUGGAGCUAAUAGAUCUGAGAAACAUGAGAAAGUGGUCGGCUGAAGCUGCCGAAGUCUUUUUCCAGUCACUGGUAGACAGCGCAGCUAAGUUAUUGAGCCUGCGGGCUCUUCACCUGAAGGCCAUGUUGGACAUUCCCAUCCGCCAGCGCUCAGCAAUUCGCGACAAAUGGGAUGCGAGGCUCAAGGAGGUUUUCCUGCGCAAAAAGACAGAUCCUCUGCCUUUAUUUUCUCUGCGCGACGGGCCUGUCGACGAGGAAGUCAGCCCACUACCCAAGUCGCACAGGAUGGCGGUCGGAAGCCCGUCAAGACGAAGCACUCGUAUCGUCGCCCAGCUGUCAAACCCAUCUUCUCGCGCCAGUAGCGUUGGCCGGGAUUUGAGAAUUUGGCGCGCUCGGCCGUCGUAUGCAGAGCCUAACACUGACGACGAGGACCUGGAAGCCGAGCCCGAUGGGGCAGACUAUUCCACGUCAAGCGACGAAGGCGAUGCUCGCUCACCCACAACUACGACCGAUGGGUUUAUCCAGGGCUUGUGCGACACCGUCGAGAUUCAGCUCGACAAUCAAAAACUCACAGAGAGGAUUUAUGACAUGAACGACUUCAUGGAUGAGAGCAACUCGGACGAUUCGGCAGACGAAGACUAUGGGAGCUAG